GCAAUAGUUAGGUGGGCAGCGGUAGAAUUUGAAAGCGGAUCUCUCCUCCAUUUAUAACCCCGGCGGGAAGAGGACUUCAGAAGAAAGAAGCGCAAAGCUGAAGUGGGAUAUCACCGGAAAUCCAAGUCAGUCACUUUUUAGAAGGAGAGAGCUUCUGAAAUUCGCUGUUUUCAGAUGGAGAAAGUGUCGAAAGGAAUUCGUGUAACUGGUAUGCAAUUCGAAUAUGAUACUCAAUCUCCCCUGUUUUGGGACUUUAGCCUCAACAUUUCACCUGGAUCGCGCUGCCUUCUUGUCGGCGCCAAUGGAUCUGGAAAGACAACUUUGCUAAGGAUCUUAGCAGGAAAGCAUAUGGUCGGUGGUAAGGAUGUGGUUCAGGUGCUAAAUGGCUCUGCUUUUCAUGAUACACAUCUAGUUUGCAGCGGCGACUUGGCUUAUUUGGGAGAAUCUUGGAGUAAAACUGUCGGAUGUGCUGGAGAGAUUCCUCUUCAAGGAGACUUCUCUGCGGAGCACAUGAUAUUUGGAGUUGAAGGUGUUGAUCCAAUUAGACGAGAGAAGCUAAUUGAACUGCUUGACAUUGACCUGAAAUGGAGAAUGCAUAAAGUUUCUGAUGGGCAACGUCGUCGAGUUCAAAUCUGCAUGGGUCUUUUGCACCCUUUUAAGGUCCUUUUGCUUGAUGAAGUUACAGUUGAUUUAGAUGUUGUUGCAAGGAUUGAUUUGCUUAACUAUUUUAAGGAAGAAUGCGAGCAGAGAGGAGCUAUAAUUGUGUAUGCAACCCAUAUCUUUGAUGGUCUAGAGGAUUGGGCAACAGAUCUGGCAUAUAUCCAAGAUGGUGAAUUGAAUAAGACCGAAAAGUUAAGCGAUCUCAAGGAGUUGAAAAACGCGGGGAAUUUGCUCUCAGUGGUGGAGUCAUGGCUCCGUGCUGAAACAAAGAUAGCGAAGAAGAAGAAGACCCCAAUAAAAACAGUUGCCCCCAAAACUACCUCAUUUGGUGCCUCCCCAUUUGGUGCAUCUAGACACAUGGGUUAUAACAGGUGAUCUCUCCCAAUAUAGAGACUGUGCAUUAUCUAUCUACGUUUAGUGAAAAUCGAAAAUCAUUCAUUCGAAAAGAGACCAUUUUAGCUAAAUUUGAUUUUGAAGGCCUUUUCUAUUUGAAGGUUGGCAUAUUGUAAUGGUGAUAUAAUUAUAGUAAGUUGCAAAUAAUAAAAACAGCAGGUUUG